GCAACACAGGUACGGGCUCGCCGGUUUCUGUGUGUUUCCGCAGAAAAAGAAAAAGAAACUAACUCACCAAAUCUUAUUUUCUGCCCUUUUCGGUAGUUCUUCUUCCUUCAAAUUGUUCAUUUAUCAGGUUAAAGGCGGCCGGAAAGGAAGACAUUUUCUCACAUCUACGGCCAUUGUUUUUAACGUGUUGUUAUGGCAACGAAUCCACCUCCUGCGUGCUGAGGGCAACAAACAACCAGCUGCCGGUGGUUCCGCAUAAUUAACCGGUCACAGAUUUUCACGAAACCGAAAAUUAUACAACCCCCGCUGCAUUUAUGGCCCAUUACAGAGCCUCAGAAUCGAAGCGAGAACAAUUUAGAAGAUAUCUUGAAAAAUCUGGGGUCCUUGACACCAUAACAAGCGUUUUAGUGGCACUUUAUGAGGAGACGGAGAAACCUAACAAUGCACUGGAUUUCAUAAAGCUUCACCUCGGUGCAGCUGGUCCAGAGCCGGCGGAUGCUGAGGCUCUUCGCAUGGAGCUGGCUGACCUUCAACAGAAGUGCAACCUGCUCAUGGAGGAGAACAAAGAGCUGAGGAACAGGCUGAUGCAGUAUGAACAGUCACCUGAGGAAGGAGCAGCAGAGUAGAGAGGAGGAGCUCUCGAGAUGUUAAACAUAAAAGAAAAACGUUAAAUAGCAUUUUUGUAGAGUAUGUAAAUGUUUAUUACAUAGUAAUGGGUGUACAGUGAACAUAACAUCACUGUUAAUUUUUGUUACGCAGAAAGAAGCAACUUUUGCUUUCUCAAAAUAAAAAUGUUUUUUUCAGCA